AUGUCAACGACAGCCACCAUGGGUGAAAUGGCAAACAGCGCGGUGGAGUUUUAUCCCAAAGGGACUCGAGGCAGGGGCGGCGGCGGAGGAGGAGGGAGGGCAGACGGCAGCAAUGCAGGGGGAGACUUCGGGGUCACGGUGGAGGAGCUCAGGGACUUGAUGGAGCUUCGAGGGACCGACGCCCUGCAGAAGAUCCAGGACAACUACGGAGACACAGAGGGGCUCUGCCAGAGACUACAGUCCAACAUCACAGACGGUCUCAGUGGGGACCCUGCAGAUCUGGAGCGUCGAUGCCAAACGUACGGUCAGAACUUCAUCCCCCCGAAGAAGCCCAAGACGUUCCUUGAACUGGUGUGGGAGGCCUUACAGGACGUUACGCUCAUUAUCCUGGAGGCCGCCGCCAUCAUCUCCCUCGGCCUCUCAUUCUAUCAGCCUCCCGGGAAGGACACUGAAGCGUGCGGGAACGAGGCUGGGUCCGCAGAGGACGAGGGCGAGGGUGACACAGGCUGGAUCGAGGGCGCGGCCAUCCUACUGUCCGUCGUGUGUGUCGUCCUGGUGACUGCGUUUAACGACUGGUCCAAAGAGAAGCAGUUUCGGGGUCUGCAGAGUCGGAUCGAGCAGGAGCAGAAGUUCACCGUCGUGCGGAAAGGAAAUGUCAUCCAGAUUCCUGUGGCGGACAUGGUGGUGGGGGACAUAGCGCAGGUCAAAUACGGUGACCUGCUGCCCGCUGAUGGGAUCUUAAUCCAAGGAAACGACAUGAAGAUCGAUGAGAGCUCACUCACAGGAGAGUCCGACCACGUUGGCAAAUCUGCGGAAAAAGACCCCAUGCUGCUCUCAGGUACCCAUGUGAUGGAGGGCUCGGGCAGGAUGCUGGUGACAGCUGUGGGCGUGAACUCUCAGACCGGCAUCAUCUUUACCUUGCUCGGUGCCGGAGAGUUGGAGGAGGAAGGGAAGGAAAAGAAAGGUAAACAGCCUGAUGGAGCUGUGGAGAACAAUCAGAACAAAGCCAAGAAGCAGGAUGGUGGUGUUGCCAUGGAGAUGCAGCCUCUGAAGAGUGCAGAGGGAGGCGAGGUGGAGGACCGAGAGAAGAAGAAGACCAGCGUCCCGAAGAAAGAGAAAAGCGUGCUGCAGGGCAAACUCACCAAACUGGCUGUUCAGAUCGGCAAAGCAGGUUUGGUGAUGUCGGCCAUCACUGUCAUCAUUCUGGUGCUGUACUUUGUCAUCAACACGUUUGUUGUUGAAGGUCGCACGUGGAUGACUGAGUGCACUCCGGUCUACAUUCAGUACUUUGUCAAGUUCUUCAUCAUCGGUGUCACCGUGCUGGUCGUGGCCGUCCCAGAGGGCUUACCGCUCGCUGUCACCAUCUCUCUGGCUUACUCUGUCAAGAAAAUGAUGAAGGACAACAACCUCGUACGCCACCUGGAUGCGUGUGAGACGAUGGGGAACGCCACGGCCAUCUGCUCCGACAAGACGGGCACCCUCACCACCAACCGUAUGACCGUGGUGCAGACGUUCCUCGGUGAGGUUCAUCACCGUGUGGUCCCGGACCCCGGGCAGAUCAACCCCCGGACUCUGGAUCUGUUAGUCAAUGCUAUUGCUAUCAACAGCGCCUACACCUCCAAGAUCAUGCCCCCUGAUGUGGAGGGGGGUCUGGCUAAGCAGGUGGGCAACAAGACAGAGUGUGGCCUGCUGGGAUUUGUUUUAGACCUGCAGCAGGACUACGCACCUGUCAGAGAGCAGAUCCCCGAGGAGAGACUGUACAAGGUGUACACAUUCAACUCUGUCCGUAAGUCCAUGAGCACAGUGAUCAAACUGCCUGAUGGAUCCUUCCGCCUCUACAGCAAAGGAGCCUCUGAGAUCAUGCUGAAGAAGUGUUCCUACGUCCUUGAAGCCAACGGAGAGCCGCGCAGCUUCCGCCCCCGUGACAGAGACGAGAUGGUCAAACAGGUGAUUGAGCCAAUGGCGUGUGAAGGCUUGAGGACAAUCUGCAUCGCAUUCCGUGACCUGCCAGCCAAUCCAGAACCAGAGUGGGACAACGAGGCAGAGAUCGUGACAGAGCUGACCUGCAUCACUGUGGUGGGGAUUGAGGACCCUGUGAGGCCUGAGGUUCCUGAUGCCAUUCGUAAGUGUCAGCGUGCGGGCAUCACGGUGCGGAUGGUGACUGGUGAUAACAUCAACACAGCCAGGGCCAUUGCUGCUAAAUGUGGCAUCAUCCACCCCGGAGACGACUUCAUCUGUCUGGAGGGCAAAGACUUCAACCGACGAAUCAGGAACGAGAAAGGAGAGAUCGAACAGGAGCGUAUCGAUAAGAUCUGGCCCAAGCUCCGCGUUCUGGCUCGAUCCUCGCCUACAGACAAACACACUCUGGUUAAAGGAAUCAUCGACAGUACCGUCAUAGAGCAGAGGCAGGUAGUUGCAGUAACAGGAGAUGGAACCAAUGAUGGACCAGCUUUAAAGAAGGCCGAUGUGGGCUUUGCCAUGGGUAUCGCAGGUACGGACGUCGCAAAGGAGGCGUCUGACAUCAUCCUGACUGAUGACAACUUCAGCAGCAUCGUGAAGGCUGUGAUGUGGGGACGAAACGUCUACGACAGCAUCUCCAAGUUCCUGCAGUUCCAGCUCACUGUCAAUGUGGUGGCUGUGAUCGUGGCCUUCACAGGGGCCUGCAUCACACAGGACUCCCCUCUGAAGGCGGUGCAGAUGCUCUGGGUCAAUCUGAUCAUGGACACCUUUGCCUCUCUCGCUCUUGCCACUGAGCCCCCCACCGAGGACCUGUUACUACGGAAACCAUACGGACGCAACAACCCGCUCAUUUCUCUGACCAUGAUGAAGAACAUCCUGGGACAUGGAGUGUAUCAGCUCGUCAUCAUCUUCACCCUGCUGUUCAUAGGCGAGCGCAUGUUUAACAUCGACAGCGGCCGUAACGCUCCGCUCCACUCCCCGCCCUCCGAGCACUACACCAUCAUCUUCAACACCUUCGUCCUCAUGCAGCUGUUCAACGAGAUUAAUGCCCGUAAGAUCCACGGAGAGAGGAACGUCUUUGACGGGAUAUUCGCCAACCCAAUCUUCUGCACCAUUGUUCUUGGGACCUUCGCCGUGCAGAUCGUGAUCGUGCAGUGGGGAGGGAAGCCCUUCAGCUGUGCCCCUCUCAACGUGGAGCAGUGGCUCUGGUGUCUGUUCGUGGGAGUUGGAGAGCUGCUCUGGGGGCAGGUCAUCGCCACGGUGCCGACAGAGCGGCUGCCAUGCCUGAAGGAGGCGGGGCUUGGCCUGGAGCCCGGUGAGGACGAAGGGGAGGAGAUGGCCGAGGACGAGGAGGAGAUCGACUGUGCAGAGAGAGAGCUGCGCCGCGGACAGAUCCUCUGGUUCAGAGGGCUGAACCGCAUCCAGACCCAGAUGGAGGUAGUGAGCACGUUCAAGCGAAGCGGUUCGUUUCAGGGAGCGGUGAGACGGCGCUCCUCCGUGCUCAGUCAGCUUCACGACGUAAACGCUAUCUCUACCCCCUCUCACGUAGCUCUCUCCACCGCUACAGCCAAUACCAGCCCAGCCCCCGGGAAUGCGAGUGGUGAAAGCAUUCCGUAGUUCGCUGUACGAGGGCCGGGAGAAACCGGAAUCCCGCAACUCCAUCCACAACUUCAUGGCCCACCCGGAGUUCCUCAUCAACGACCUCAUCCACAACAUCCCGCUGAUCGACGACACUGACGUGGACGACGAAUCAGAGCUCAGCAGAUACCAGCACCUGCACCCGGCCCUCCGCAAGCCGCCGCCCCCUCCCACACAGCCCCAGCCCCCGACCCGCAACCGCCCCACCCGCCCCUACCGCCAGUACAGCCUCCCGGUGACCCCGUGCAACCGAAACAACAACAACAACAGCAGCAGCAGCAGUAUCAGUUCAUCCGUCUCCCACGGCAACAAAAAGAGCAGCCACGCCCCCAGCAACCGCAGCCCUCACCACCACCCCCGCCACCACCACCAACACAACCAUCAUGGCAGGGACCGGCCGCUGAAACCCCCAGCCCCACACCUGGCCCACCUGUACUGCGUGGAGACCUCGUUAUAACUGAACACGUUGAGGGGGAGGAGUCUUUGGGAGGGGGAGGAGUCUUUGGGACGGGGAGGAGGAGAGGGCUGAGGACUCACACAUGACAUUUUCAUCCAGCCUCCCCACGACACGUGAACAGGAGGGAGCGAGGGACGAGGGAGUGGACACUGGCUGCCUGCAGCUCCCUGAGGUAUCUGAGACUCCCCCUCCCUCUGCCCCACCUCCAGCCCUCUCAGUCUGAACCCUGUCCCCCUCCACCGCCCAAAACCGGCCACCCCACCCUGCCCGACCCAACGCUCGCUCAUCACACACGCACAGGUCUGCUCUCGCUGUGUUGCCCUGAGCAACGGCUGGAAGGGGGAGGGAGGGGGGACAGAAAACCAAAAAAAACACCCCCCAGCAGAUCCAACCGCCGGGCCCAGCCCCACUCUGUUUUUAUGGGUGUUCACCGUCAGUGUUAUCGUCCUGUACCCCCCCUCUCCUCCACCUGCUCCCCCUGCCAUCACCCCCCUUUAACUCCACCUGCAGUCACCUGUGAUCAUCCUCAGAGCUCGAACAGUUCAUCCUCUCAUCGGCUCAGACGUGGAGGUGCUCAUUCACUCAUUCUGCUCAACUCUUUAUUUCUCACCACGUCUCCCUUGACGAUAACAACAAUAACAACAACAAACAGAGACACUCUUCAUUCAGCCUGAGCGUGGACGUAACACUGACACAUAGAGAGCAUAUAUACACACACAUGAUGUUUGUGUAUAUAUAUGAUCUUCAUCACUGUUCUGUCUCCAGACUCACCUGAGUCCACAUAAGGGGGGCUGUGAGACCGGACAGUGUGUGUCUCACUCUCAUUGUGAUGCGUGUAUGCUCAUACAGUCCCAUCACCUCCUGCCAUGAUGAUGAUGAUGAUGAUGAUGAUGAUGAUGAUGAUGAUGAUGAUGAACUGAUUUUGGGGUGACUCUGGCCCCUCCCCCUCUCUGUCCGUCCGUCGUCUUCUGUCUUGCUGUUCCUCGCUCCGUUCCGUUGUUAUGUGUCUCACGUCGUCUUGCCCCGUCCUCUCCCAUGGCUUUCGUCCUUGUGUGUGUGUGUGUGUGUCUGUGUGUGUGUGUGUGUCUGUGUGUGUGUGUGUGUGUGUUACAGCUUCUUCUGAGAAAAGCUGAAUGCUUGUGAAGCAUUAACCCUUUAAAUGCCAUCAGACACACAAUGCACAGGCGAUGGCCCUUUAAGACUGACCUACACUCACCUCACACCUGCUCUCGUGCCAUUGCUUGUCUCCGUCAGUAUUGUGCUCACACUGAUUUUGUUGGAUUUGAUGUAGAAGCAUCAAACAGAGGAGCAUGCGGCCGUGUGUCAGUGUUCACUUUUAGCUUUAGCUCGUGAGCUGCUCAGAUCUAUCAGGUGGGACCUCUGACAGCUUUAAUCAUGUGUCAAACACUGUGAGCCUGUCCUGUCAUCGUGUACGCUGAGACUAUCAGGAUACCUUAAAGGAACACUUUCAACACUUUGGAAACAUGUCUGAUGUCUUCUCUCGUCCACAGUGAGCUGAGAGAAUCAGAACUCUGAUCGUGUAGAGGUCCUUCUGUCUUUACUGUUCUCUCAGCCUCUGAAAGACACUGACUCGACUGCACCGCCCAUUGAACCAGAGCUCUUCAGGAAUGGAGUUCAGCCGUGUAUUGAUUAUUCAUUCUGGAUCUUUGCUGGAGCUUUACCAUACUUCAGUGAGACAGAGUUAACCUGGGUUCUGUGUGGAGUUAAAGAUUGCAUUGUUAGCAGAGUUAUAUUUUAUCUGCAUGUGUAGCUUUAUUUUAAAAAGAGCAAGGUACAGGGCGAGAUGUUGGUAUUGAUGCUGAUUCCCAGCAGACUAGAAAGACAUGAACAUUAAAACAGGGACACAGCUCGUAGGUCCUGUGCUUCAUGAUUGAAGGACUUAGAGUUUAAAGGAAGCAUUUCAUUGGACACAAAGUUGGUUUGAGCGCGCAAGCACAGGAUGGGUCAUCAGUUUUUAUGCUUUCAUUGAGGCUAAGGGAACUGUUACAUCCCUAAAUGUUUGACAUAUGAGAGAAUAUAUUCUUAUAUCUAAAAGGUGGACCUGGAACGACUUCUUGUAAGUUUGGCUAACUGUGUCUCAAUGCUAAGCUAGGCUAACUGGAUGCAGCUUCUCAUUGAUUGGUCAGAUGUUAGACUCGAAGAGGGAAACAGGUGUGUGAGUUUUAACCAAAGUGUUGAAUUGCCCCUUUAAGAUGCCUCGUGCUGAUUGGUCCAACACGCAGCGUGAGCUCACCCCAACGAACAAACUGUAAAAAUAUAAACAGGCGCCCCGUGUGAUGCCGGGCGCAGCGCUUGUGACAUCACAUUCCGCCAACAUUCCAUGGAACAUUCUGAACAUUCCAACAGCUGCAUCACAUUCCAGAUCGGCCAUGAGAGCGCCCUCCCGUGUCCCAUAAUGCACUAGGUGUGGGCAACCCGUUCGCUGACUUCAUGUUGCCUCGGAGCGUGACCCCUCCCUCCCCCUCCCUCCCCCCGUUGACCUCCCUGAGUAACCGUCUGGUCCGAGCGCCAGAGGAAGGCGAGGGCAGACGAUAUGCAACAGACUGCCAUGUUCCACCUGUGAGAACAGAACACAUGUGUCCUGCUGCACCUGGUCCAGGACGCGCACAGGCCUCUCUGGGAACAGCCCUACCUGUACAGAACUCUGUCUUCUUGAAUGCUCAACAUCAUUGCGCCCACCCCCCCCUGCCCCGCCCCCUGGGGGUGGGCGGGGUUAACAUUGUAUUGGUCUGUCUGUUUUGAAGCAUGCAUUUGGUAUCAUUAAUGUCACUCUUUAUGUGUUGGUAAAUCAUUUAGGCUACUGUCACUACUGUGUGCUAUGACCUGUCCCCAUCUGCUGUCCUCCUCCUCCUCCUCCGACACACACACACACACACACACACACACACACACGCACACACACACACACGCACACACAUGCACACAAACAUAAACAUAAACACACACAAUCAUACCUGUUUGAGUCUAACAUGUUCUACUUCAGCACCUCUUAUAACAGCGCUAUGAUGCUUUCUGCAGUACACACACACACACACACACACACACACACACACACACACACACACACACACACACACACACACAGACACAUACAUACAUACAUACAUACACAAACAGGCAAACAAUCUUCAGUGGUGUAAAUUUGACUGUCCAUCUCUGUCCAUCCGUCCCGCCACGUUCCAUCAUGAUGUUGUGAGAAAGCUUCACAGAAGGCAAACACAAUGUGAAAAAGAAUAUAUUAUAUUUAUCAGAAUUAUAAAUUGUACAACUGCACCACUACUGUACAGACCGCCCAAAUGUGCACAUGUGCAUCUUUGAUUUACAGGUACUAUGUUCCUGUUACACUCGUUUUUUUAUUUUGGAUGUUUCUUUCUUUUAAUCUUUUGCUUUUUGUAAAGAGAGGAACAACAAAAUGGAAACGCUUGUAUAUUAUGAUUAAUCUGAUUCUUUUUGAGUUCUCCACCGGUGCUCCCACUGAUGGAAAAGACAGUUGCACAUUCUCCUGAGCAUAUUCUGAGGGCUGUGUUUUCUGUCGCUGAACAGUCCCUGACGUUUGCAGAGGUGUGGAGAAGCUUCUAGUCUCUUAAGAGCAGAGAUCUGUAAAUAGAGGACAGGAGGGACAGACGUUCCUCAUUCUGAGCUGAAGGACAAAAAGGGGACCAGGGAGGACGGAGAGAUGGAGGCUGCUGCAGAGCUAGAGACUGCAGAAGUGCAGUGCGCUGCAUUGUCAGGCUGCUCUUGUAGAUCUGCUACCAGUAUUUACUGCCAUGUUUGGAAGAGAAGAACCUAAGGUUUUACAUUAUUCAUUAUACAUACUGUUGUAAAUAUUGUGUGUGAAUGGUCCCCGACUUGCCCAUCGCAGCGCUGUUCCGCUGACAGAAAAUACAGCCUUACCUGUGCUGAAACGAAAAAAGACAAAAAAAUGUACAAAAAAAUCCAUAAAGACUAUUGAAUAUAUUAAAGAGUUACCUGCCUGUUAUUUAAGCGAAUAAAUAUCUAUAUAUGAGAAAGAACACACCUGUAUACUGUAGACUAAAUCUGUAUGGAAAUCUAAGAGAAUUUAAUGGGAAUAAAGUCCAACACCUUUUGUCUGUAUGAAAGAAAAAAAUACAUCAAAGUAUUCUACAAUAAUAACUUUGACAAAGUCUGUGUGCUCCUGUGUUGUUUGUUCAUCAUCACACUAGAUUAUUUUUUAACUUCAGACUCAUUGAAAUGUUUAUUUGAC